UAGGCCACUGUCAUAUAAAACCCUCUAAGAGAAACACACCCAUUUCUCCCUUUGGAGAAGAGAGUGAAAAACGGAGAGAGAAAAUGGCAGUGGGGAUAAAGGGAAACACCGGUGGCGGAGGCAGCGGCAGGGGAAGGUCGUAUGGGUUGAUGUUGAUUCUGGCGUUCGGGGCUGCUGUUUUGGGGGUGAUGGUGAUCCACAAGCUCAGAGACAGGCGCAUCUUCAACCUCCUUGUUAAAGAGAAGGACCGUCAGCUCAUUUCCCUUCAGCUCCUCUUACAGAAAGAAAGGGAAUCCACCAAAGAAGAGAGAAGGAAGAUUGAGGAGCUGAAGGUAAAGAUAUUGUACCUUAAAAGCCAGAAUAUGGAGCUUCACAGCAGGGUCAUGGAGAUGCAGUCUACGAUUGCUUCCCUAAGGGAUGAACAUAAGACCUUGGAAAUAGCAUUCGAUGAGAAGCAGACUGAGAUCAAAAUGUUGCAAGAGAGGGAGACAGAUUCAAUUAAAGAAAAUCCAGAAGCAAUAGCUCUAAAGGAGAUCCUGAAGAAGAGGGAAGCUGAAAUAGAGGAUUUGAAGCACCAUCUUGACCCAUCAAACCCACCUGUUAAUUUAACAGCGAGGGAAAAUAUGGGAUGGGAGGAUAAAACUAAAGCCCGAGAAGGUAAAGAACAGAAUGAACAUUUGCAUGAAGCUGACAGUAAUGGAAAUGGUCAGAAAUUAACAGGAGGAGAUGGUUCAGAGAAUGGAGUGGGAGUUAAUUUGCAGAAAGAAAUGACAGGAGAAGCAAAGUUCCAGAAGUUUGAGAAUACUCAAGAUGGUGUUGCCGGAGGCAUCACUGGUGAAAAAAGCAUCAAUGCGGACCAAGGAAAUAAAAAUAAACAUUCUCAAGAUGAGCUGGACUUUGGCACCAGAGAGGAAAAGGCAGAUCCAAAUGCAACUGAGGCAAUUUUUAAAAGCGAAGUUGGGAAAACCAUUGAUGAAGAUGGUAACAAAAAAGUAAUGGAUAAUAAAGAACAUGGCAUUGUUAGGAAUGGGCACCUGGAAAAACAUGAAAAUUCUCACGAUGGUGAGGGUCAGAAACGUGGCAUGAUUUCUAAAGGAGUGAAGAUGGAAAUGCCAGGAAGCUCUAUGAAUGGUGCAGGUUCUGGCAUUGGAGGGAAACAUGGGCAUGCAGGCAAAACAAAGGAAAAGAGAUGGAGAAUUCUCACUAAAAGUAGGGGGGUUGAGAACAAUGGGAAUUCUGAAAAUAGUAGAGCUGCAACCACAAGGAGAAGAAGAUUUUCUAAAGAUAAGAGGGGCAACAUUCCUAGUACUCCAGAUGUAGCUGUUCCUACAAGCAGAAUCAGUAGUGAAGCUGGUAACAUUACAGGCAGUGCCAGGAAACUGGGAAAGGAAGUUGGGGAAGACAGAACAAGGGAAGGUGGUGACAUCCAACAAGAAACAGGCACCAGGGAUUUCCAUGAAGCAGCAGAGAAUACCGAGCAGGCAAAGGUUGCUGAAGCGGACAAAGAACAAGAAGACCUGGGGAUUGCAGAUAUUCAUCAACAGGAAACAAAAGCGGCUAAUGGUGAUACCUUCGGAGACGAUUUUGAAAACAAUAAAGAAGGUUACAAAGAUGAAACAGAUGAACCUGAGUUUUAGCUGACUAACCAAUUCUAUAAGGUUUUCUUGCUGAUGACCCAUUGGGUACCUGUAUGCUUCUUAAAACUGUUUACAAGUUGUCGAUGCUUUUUGCUCAGUGUUUAUACAACAAAAUGGGUCAGGCUCUUUUCGUAAGGAAAUAACAAGAAACCUGAAAAAGAAGCCUAUUGUUACCUAA